CCUCGGUGGUUCCCCGGGCGGCCGCGGAGCUUCCUGGUUCCCAGAGGGUGCCGGAGCCGCGGCAACAGGAACUGAGAGACGGGGGGAGGAGGCGGUGCCGCCGCUCCGUGCAGUCGCGGCCCGAGCCGGGGGAGCGGAGCAGCCAUGGGCCGCCGCCCGCCGCAGCAGCGCCGCCGCCCUCCGUGCUAAGGCGGCCCGGGCCGCAGGGAGAGGGCCGUCUCCUCCCCGCCGGGCGCGGGGCUUCUCCCUCGGGGGACGCCGGAGCGGCCGCCCGGGCCCGCGAUGUGACCAUGGACAGCAGGUUCAAGGAGAAUCCAGAACGUACCUUUGAUUUGGUACUGAAGGUGAAAUGCCAAGCAUCUGAAAAUGAAGAUCCAGUGGUACUGUGGAAGUUCCCGGAGGACUUUGGAGACCAGGAAGUGCUGAACAGUGUUCCAAAGUUCUGCUUUCCUUUUGACGUCGAAAGGGUGUCCCAAAACCAAGUUGGACAGCAUUUCACUUUUGUGCUCACCGACAUUGAAAGUAAGCAACGGUUUGGAUUUUGCCGUUUGACGUCUGGAGGCAAAGUCUGCCUCUGUAUUCUGAGUUACCUACCCUGGUUUGAAGUAUACUAUAAGCUUUUAAAUACUCUGGCAGAUUAUUUGGCUAAAGAGCAGGAAAAUGACUCAAAGGAUUUGUUAAAAUCUUUGUAUAGCCAACCUGUGCCAAAGGCAAAUGCUUUGGUCAGUUUAAGUGUGAACCAAGAGAUGAUUUUUGCGAGUAAGCAAGUUUUGAAAAAAGAGCCUUGCCUUGUGUCGCACUUGUAUUUCAUUACUCCUGAUAUAACUGGAUUGCCAACAAUCCCUGAAAGUAGAAACCUCACUGAGUAUUUUGUUGCUGUGGAUGUGAACAACAUGCUGCAACUUUAUGCCAGUAUGUUGCAUGAGAGAAGAAUCAUUAUUACCUCGAGCAAACUAAGCACUUUAACUGCUUGUGUUCAUGCAUCAGCUGCAUUAUUGUAUCCCAUGUAUUGGCAGCACAUUUACAUCCCAGUGCUUCCUCCGCAUCUCCUGGACUACUGCUGUGCACCCAUGCCUUAUUUAAUUGGCGUCCACUUAAGCUUAAUAGAGAGAGUGAAAAAUAGAUCACUGGAAGAUGUGGUUUUGCUAAACGUUGACACAAACAAUCUAGAAAAUCCUUUUAAUGACCUGAGCAACUUACCCGGUGAAGUGGUCUCGGCCUUGAAAAAUAAACUGAAAAAGCAGUCUACAGCUACGGGUGACGGAGUAGCCAAGGCAUUUCUUCGGGCACAGGCAUCACUGUUUGGAUCCUACAGAGAUGCACUGAGAUACAAACCAGGAGAACCUAUAACUUUCUGUGAGAAUAGUUUUGUGAAGCAUCGUUCCAGUACUACUAAACAGUUCCUGGAAACUGCUGUUAACCUUCAGCUGUUUAAACAGUUUAUUGAUGGUCGACUAUCAAAAUUAAAUGCAGGAAGGGGAUUCUCUGAUGUCUUUGAAGAAGAAAUCACAACAGGAGGAUUUUGUGGAGGAAAUUCGAGAUCUUACCAGCAAUGGAUGUAUACUGUGAAGAAAGGCGGUGCACUGAUCAACACAGCAAUGACCAAAGCCACUCCGGCUGUGAAAACAGCAUACAAAAUUGCAAAAAAUCACGCAAGGCAAGGAAUAAAAGAAGUGAGGAGUAAGUUGAAACAUAAGGAGAGUGAGGAAGAUUAUCGAACUUGUGGUGCUGUUGCAGUGCAGAGUGCUCCGGUCUACACAGUGCAUAGCGAGAAAAGAGAGAACUCAGAAAAGCGAAGGCUUGCACAGGAUCUCAGAAUCAAGGACACUGUUGUCUCAUGGCAUACAGUUGUGUGUUUUCCAGCCACUUCACAAUCUUUCAAAUGCAUUAUCUAUGCAUCUCAAUAUGUUGAAGCGGAGAAGGUCUUUAUCCUGGGAAAGACACGUUUCAACCAGCACCUCAAUAACCAGGAUUUUACCUUGGAUGAAGAUGAUGAUGAUGAAAUAGAGAGAACAAGCAAGUUAUCAUCAGAAGACAGUGAAGAAGCUUCUGCUUGCUUUUAUGAUAGUGAUGAUUCCGGGGACACUGGAAUUACUUCACAGCAACAAGGAGAAAUGGACUUGCUUGGGGAGAUUUUGGACACGCUGAGCACACACAGUUCAGAUCAAGGAAAGCUUUCAGGAGCAAAGAGCCUGGACUUCUUUAGGUCGAUGGAUGACAUUGAUUACAAGACUACGAACAAGUCGAAUGCACCUAGUGAGAGCAACCUGACCCUGCUGUGCAGCAGUGCUAAUGACCAAGCAGACUGGAAUCUCGGUCAGGAUGACAGUGUCCUCCAUGGGAAACAACUCCCUCCAUCUCCGAGAAAACAAGUUUCUUCUGGCAGCCAUAGAGAAUCACUCUCAAACCUGAAAGAGGAAAACAGAGAGAAAACCAUUGUUACUGACAAGAUGGACAUCACUAGUGGCUGUAUAGCAUCCCCAUCUCCAGUACGAUCAAGUGACCAUUUUGCUUCUCUAGAAGGUUUCAAAGUGGGCUAUAAGUAUGCGAAGCAGAAUGAAACACUAAGCAAUACCUCAGAAGAUCCACUCGCAGCAAAUCUUGCUCAACAUCCAUCCAUUCUUGUCCCUUGGGAGAAAGAUAGGAAGGAAGGAAGUGAAACUCCAGAUGAGGGAGGGCUUCUUCAGGAAGUGGUAUCUUUAUGUAAGCUGAAUUCUGCUUUUCAUUAUGGUUUAAAUAUUUCAAAGGAUAGCUUAUCCAGCAGUAGCAGUGGAAAUAAAACGUAAGAGAACUACAAGAAGAGGAAUUUUACUCCCAUCAGAAGUUUAAAGGGAGACUACUCAGGACUCCAUAUAACGUGAUAACCAAAAUCUGAAAAAGGAAUAAGAGAUUUUCAAUUAUAAAAAACAAUUCAAUUCAGUAUGCAUCUUCUGCCACUGGGACAUUUGCUUCUAUGUUUACCCAGUUCUUUUGUUGGCUGUAGUUAGGUCCACAAAAUGGAACUAAAUAUAUAAAUGCACUCUUAAAUCAGGUACUAGUUAGUCUCUGUGCUACAAAUACAGCAGGUGUAUGGUGCUUCCUAGCGUUUACUUCCUCUAAGCAGCAGGAAAGUUAUCACCUAAUAGGUAACCAGGUUUUGAAGGUACUGUAUUAAUCCCAUUAAGCAGGAAACGAACCAAACAAUCUAGAUUUGUUUGAAAUGUACAAAUGUUAAUACUUUUAGUGAAUGAUAAUUGCCUUAAUCUUUUGAGAAGAGGUUUAACUAUCUUAGAAGAUGAAUGCAAAUGUACAAAACAGCAAUAAUGAUACUCCAUGACAAGAAUUUUCUUCAGCAAAGAGGGGGAAAAGGAAGGGUUUUUUUAGAUUGAGGAAUCACUUGUGACUAUAACUUGGAACUUACUGCAAACUUAAACUGUGGCUCUGUCUUCCAGAUUUCAGAAAGGUAGCAUGUGCUUUUCUCUUUUCUGUAAAGUACAUGAAGUGCUGAAUUAUAAUGUGAAGUUUAUUAACUUCUGUUUACAACUAAGACACUUUAAAGGCAUAUUAUCCAGUUUCUAUACGUAGACUAUUUCAUCUACAAAUUUUCAGAAAGGAAAGUGUAAGUGGAAUUGAUAGAUUCCUUUUUUAUUAUUAUUGUUAUUUUCUACAAUCUAUUACAGUUUGGAAACUAAUUUGUGCCUCUUCUGCAACGUUUUCUUUUGAUUCGUAGUACUUGCUGAAAGUAGUUCGAGUUGCUGUUACUUGGAAAUCAUAUUUAGUUAAACUAUUAAUACUCAUCACUGGGAAAGUCAUGUAACACUAGAAAAUUAAAAUUGCUGAUUCAACCUAAGACAGCUUAUACCCAACUUUCAUCUUAGCCAUUUUCUACACCUAAAAAUCUUUUUAACAAACUUUGUGAAAGAGAAUAAAUGGGCAUACUGCACACUGUAUUUAGAACAAGUAUUUGUCUUCCUCUGGAAGCAUUCCUGAAGAAUAUUUACAUAUUUAAAGUCCAAAAAUCACUCCUGUUAUAUGGGGCAACUCUCAUUUUCACUUCCCUUUUUUUUUUUUUUGUUUUUAAAUUCGUCACUUUUCUUUCUCUACCUCUCCAUCUUACCUUACGUGCAUUCUUUUUUCCAGGAUAGCUCAGCAUAGGAAAGGUGUGAAGUCAAGUUUCAAUAGAUUACCAUUGUCAGCUUUGAAGGAUAUUUGUGAUGCAGUUAACAGAAGUAACACGUGGGUUUUAAAAUGAACUGUGCCUGAGACGAAUGUUCUCCUGCUCUUCUAAACUGGUGCCAGAAAUGUUUUUUUCUUUCUCAUUUUGGCACGAAUGUUUAGUCAUAGCCUCGGCGUAGGCCUGAGUGAGCAACUUAAUGAGGUCAGGAGUUGGAUCAGAUUGCUCUUUAAUAUCUUUCUAGUAGUUUGUAGCAAAAUUUAAUAUCAGUCUCCACGCUGAGAUUUAUGAAUGAAUUUUCCUUCUAGCCAGCACAAAUGGAAAGGGUUUUCUUGACUGCUUUAUUGCAAGGCAGCUGACCUAAGGGAAUGGAUUGAUCUCAUUAGACAGGCAACGUUUGAUGCUUUACUGAAGAGCUGCAAAGGCAUCCCUGCAUAAAGCUUUAAAGCAAAAGUUUCAAUGAUGUGUUCCAAAAUUUUGGUUCGUUUGGGGAGAAGGGGAGACUCAGUACUUGUUGAGGAUAAGGCUCCAGAUACAAUCAGUGCAAGGGAGGUAAAAGGUUGUAAAAGUGGAAAUCUUAGGGAAACGUCUGCGUCUGAUUAGAGCAUGAGCAUUCCUGAGGGCAUCUGCAAUAUGUAUUGCUGAAGAAUCUCAGUGUUUCUGAGUUAGAGGUUUAAUGUGCUGAGCUCUGUGCGCUGUCCUUUGGUUCAUGGUAAUGUGUAACAACAUGCUGUAUAAGCUGGAAAUAGAUUUUUAAAAUUCAUGUAAAAAUGUUAUCUAGCAAAAUAUUUUAUACAGUCAAAAGGAGCUAAAUAAUUAAAAAUUAAAAUAAUUAAAUAAUUUUUGUUGUAACCUUUCCAGGAAGGUCAGAGUGUUUGACUCAGAUUCUGUUCAGAUGAGAGCAGCAGGAAAACUUGAUAGAUGGAUGCUUGUUGGGAGGUGAUAUUAAUGACACAGUAGAGGACAUUGUUCUUUACUGGUACUAAAGAUUGUCCAAAUGUAGUGCUUCUAAACGCAUCUAAGGGAAGAUAACCUAUGCAAAGGUCUGUGUUCUUGUAGAAUUUCUCACUUGUUCUCAUCCACGUCCUCACAAUUUCCAAAAUUUGCAUUUUGCAUCCAAUGCAGUGCUUCUGUCCAUACUUCUAUCUAAGAUGAUCUUGUUAUCUUUGUUUAUUAAAGAUAAUAUUGAUGUCUUAUGCAGGAAAGUUUCAGAACUUCUGGCUAUUGUUCCUUUCAAAUCAAUCAAACACGCAGGUCCAGGAAUGCUGCCAGAAAAUGGUUUUCAAAAAUGUCUAUCUGAUAGAAUAAAUCCUGCUGACUUUACAUGAGAGUUCGGCACUGAACUCCUAUUAUCACAUAGAUUGUCCUAUUCUCACCUUUGUGGAAAAAAUAUGGAAGCCAUAUGAGGCUGGUAAUAUUCACAUAGUUAUUAUAAGGAAAGUAAAAUUGAAAACUUGCUAGUGGAUCAAGAUUGAUGCGUCACAGUAAUAAUUCGCUGUUACAUUGAGUGAAAAAAAAAUAAAAAGAAAUAAACAGCUGAGUUACAAUAGAUAGGAGAUAAAAUAUAACUUAGAAUUAUUUUUUAUUUCAGUUGCCAUCAAAAUGUUUCUGCUUUCUUUCCUUACUAUUUAUAAAGCUUGUGGGGUGCUUACAGUCACUAAGCUGUAUGUCUUUUUGGUUUUGAACCCUGUAUAUAUUCAAAAAUCUCAGUCUUAUAUAUCUACACUGAAUUUAACUGUAGGUACCUAUUUAGAUGUGUAACGUUACAGAAUCUUUUCCACUUAGUGUCAGUGAUGUUUAAAAAGGCUAGUAUUUGUGCCUUAUUGAAAUGUCAUUACCAGUUACCAAAUAGACACAAGUCCAGAAUAAUAUUUUUGAUUCAACACUCUUCUCCUCUGUCCUUGUGCUAAUAUAAAGCUGUCUAUUGGCUACAUAUGCAGUAUUUUUAUUACCACAUUGAGUUCUAUAUUUAGAUAAAUCGUUCAGGUCCAGUACUUUUUACAAGUUUUAGACUUGUAUGCUUCUUAUUUGUGGAAAUUGUUCUAACGUCAUUGAAAAUCAUCAGUGUUCCUCACCAGCUGCUGGUGAGAAUUGAAUGCUGUUUGGUCAGAGCUCCUGUGGUGGUUGUCAGAGUCCUCCUUUUUCCUAACACAUCAAGAUCUCAAAAAGCUUCCCAUUCCUCGUGUUGUAGGGAGAUAUCAGGUUAUGUGGUUAAGCUUUGUAGUCUGUUCUUAGACUUAGGAACAAAUUUCUGACCUAAACAGACAGCACGAACAUAGAUGUCUGCCUGAAAUGAGCUGUAUUGUUUUGAGGGAAAAAGAAAAUGCGGUAGAAAAAGAUUGCUGAAUUUUUCCAGUGAGAUACUGAAGCAGAGCCUGGGAGUCCCCAUGAGGGACUUUAUGGAAAUUCAGAUUUCAGAAUCCAGUUGUAGUGAUUCCAACCGAAUCAUACAGGCAAAAAUAGUUCUGCCUAUGGGAUAAAUCCCCUCUGGGAUUCUUGGAAUGGAUAAUAAUGUGUUGUCCCAGUCAAAGCCUUCCCAUCCAUGCAUAUAGCAUUGCAACGCUGUGGAAAACAGCACAGUUUUCCCUGUGGAAAACAGGGAAGAGCAGUACUGUGGGCAAUAAGGUGAUUCUUGCCUACCCUCUAAGCAUGCAGAGGGAAGGCAGUGGUGUGCUCUCCCAUCCCACAGAUUUGGAGAUUAUGCGGCUCCUAAAACUAGACUUGUUUUGAGGAAAAAAUGUUGUUGUAGAAGUUCUCAUAUAACAUUUUGACUGAAAUCUUCAUUGUCAUUUAGCAUUUCAUUGGUAGUGCUGCUCUUUGGUGGAAGAUGGGGUCCUCAAAAUCCCAUCAGUAGCUGAAGUCUCUCUCAGGCAUGGUAAUGCAGACUUCAGAUGGAGCUUCAGACAUGCUGGGAGCUUCUGAAAAUCUCACCCAGUCUGUUAGAGAAAUGUUAUAGAGCUCAAAAAUCUGUUUUAGAUGUCUUUUUGGAUUUUAGAAUGAGCGUGUUACAGCUUUGUGUUCUUGUCAACUGUGUAAAGUUUUAGGCAAAAGAAAGCUAAGCCAGGUUUUUGAAACAGCUUUCAUUUUUCAACCUCCAAUCAGUCAUAUUCAGUCCUACAGAACAAUCUUUCUUCGGUGCAACUGUCUAAUCAGAUUGCUAGGAGCAUCUCAAAGCCUUUUUCUAUGCAUGUAAUUUGAAGAAACAUUUCAUGCAAUAAACAAAGUGCCAGUGCGAGGUCCUUUUGCAAACGCACCCCUGUGAAAUCCUGCCUGUGGUACCCUGCCCAGCAGAAAGCCUCUGAAUUGCUGUCUUCCCCAGCUGCGGGGAGAGACUGGGCUGCCCCUCAUUCCCAAGAGAGAUGUUUUCUCAUCUCUUGGUGCCAGCCCUCCGUCCAGGUGCAGUGAGACUUCAGUUAGCUUGCUCCCAGCAGGCUAGAACUUCAGCCUAAAUUACUGGGGCUACCAAAAAUGGUGUCAGAGGUAAGCAGCUUCAUUAUUGCAAAGCCUAGAGUGGUAAAAGCUGCCUGCUCCCACAGUGAAUCUUUGAAGUGUGAAUGUAGGAAUGCACCAGCAAAACCAGCGUGGAUGGAUGUGUGACUUGUCUUCUGUAACGUCAUCUUUGCUGCUAUUAGAUGUGUGUGUCUGCCAAGUGUUGCUCACCUGCUAACAGAAUCUGGGCUGGACAGAAUAUGUCCUUGUCCCCACCCCAAGGGUGUGGGCCAUAUCAUGUUCUUCAGGGUGGAUGAGAAUAAAGGAAUGAAAAAGGGAUGGUAUUUAUUUAUGUGUAAAACUUUCCUUGAUUUGCUUUGUAAUGUCUGUUUCAUAGUUUCAUCUGGUGGCCAGCUGAAAGUACUUAAUUAAGGACUUUCCUGGAGGCUGCUUAACUUCCUCUGAAUAGUUUCCUGAAAGGUACAUGGCCAGCAUGAUGUGGAGGGCCAGGUAGUUGGCAGGGUUGCCAUUUUCAGCUGAGUUGGAAUAUGAAGCAGGUGACACAGCUGAAAGUUAUCCUCAGUUUCACUAUAGUAAAGGGUACUCAGAUUCACUUAUACUAUUCCCUAGGUCAAUACUAAAGAUAUUAGUAUUUAGAAUCCAGUGACAGUAUUAGCAUUUGAAAAUUGAGUUUGUUAUGGUUCUACGUGAAUUGACAUUCUGUUAAAAAUAAGGGAGCUACUUGGUUUCAGGGGGAAUGUGUUGACUUUCAAAUCUUCAGUGAAUUUUGUGCAAUAUUUCUCCUUGUUUCAAAGUAAUUUAGUAGUUUUGAAUGUGCACAUCUGCUUUUCAAGCAGGUCUUUGAAAUUGUAUUUUUAGAAAAUGUGUAAAAUUACAUGUAGCACUGAAACAUGGUUGUAAGAUAAAAAUAUGAAGAAUAUAUUCUAAUGAGGCAAAUGUAUAUUUCCAAUGACCAGGAAUAAUUAUGGAUGUCACAUUCUACAGAAAUAAUAAAGCUUGAGCCAGUGUUUAUGUACAAGUGGGUAAUCUUAAAACUGUAUCCACUUCAGCUGAGAUAGGAUAAAUAUUAAAAUUCGUAAUCUUUAGUUAUAAUUUGAUCACUUUUUCUUAUAAUGGUUAAAAAUAAACAAGGAGUUAGGCACUGCUUUUCAUUAGCACCAAUGAGGGGACAGGUCAGGAUGAUGACCUGAUAGUUAUUAUGAAUUUAGUUUGUGACAUCCCUAAUUAUCAUCAGUCAUUACUUAAAAAAUCUACUAAUGUUGCCAGUAUCCUUUUAAUUUUCUGUAAAUUAAUAUCUUUAUAUACUGAUGUACAUUUUGUUUUAACCUUUGGUUUUCCCUGGAGAGCUUCUUUAAAUUAAUUUACUUGUAUGAGGCAAUAAAGCACUGUGGAACAGCUAGUCUUGGUGUAGCUAAUGCACAAGAGCAUUGCAUCUGUUACUUUAUGGUUUUUGAGAAGGAAAUUUAAAAUGCCUAGAUGUUUAGCAAACUGGUCGUUUGUGUUUGUCUGCUUUUUUAAGACCCGUCUCAGUUAUGAUGAGAAAUUCUCAUUGUGGAAAGAGACACAUUGUAUAUGCAAUCACUUCUAAUUUUUCCAGCACAUUUUAUUAGUGACUUUUGAAAUCAAUGUUAAUGUCCUUAUGUUUUUUAAUACCUAUAGAAAAGAUAUAAAAUACAGUGCAUUUUGAGGUUUUAUUGACCAUUUUUAAUGAUUUUGCAGACAUAAAGAAGCCUAACCAGCAUUAUGCUAACAGGUUUAGCAUUUUAGUUAAUCACUGGCUGUUAAUACAACUGGAACCAAACCUAAAAAUGUAUUCCAUGCUUUUGCACCCUCUGGACUACUGUUCAAAAUCAUCUCAAGAAUUGUAUUUUAGACCUUAGACUACUCUUAGUAGUGCACUGUGUAAUGUGUAGGAAAAGAGCUGUGAGUUUGUUUGGUUUUGUUUAAUUUGGAGGGGAGGGGGCGGGCGUUUUCCAGGUUAAUGGUUGUCAGUAGAAGUUGUUGGUGAAGUCCACGUUGCCAUCAAGUGCCCAACACUGUAUUAUAAAAUAAAACUUAUCGAUAUUUAACAA